AUGGUGCUUCCAAGCUUAUCAACACCACGUCAUGAACACACCGCUACUUUAUUAUCAUCUGGACAUGUGUUAGUCACGGGCGGUCAAACUACUAGUGAUAAUAUUUAUUCUUCGUGUGAAUUGUAUGAUUCUUCAUACAAAAUAUGGAAAGCGAUUCCAGAUAUGUCAUCAAAACGUUCUCAGCAUACAGCCGUCUUAUUGAAGUCUGAGAAAGUUUUAGUUAUAGGUGGCCAUGAUCAUGAUAAUAUUUUAGCAAGUUGUGAAAUGUACGAUCGUUCAUCCAAUACGUGGACGUUGGCCGCUAAUAUGACAUCAUCUCGUAUGUCUCAUGCUGCCACUUUAUUAUCAUCUGGCCACGUACUGGUGAUCGGUGGUGGUUCUGAGAAUGAUUCAACUUGUGAAAUGUAUGACCCUGCAUCCGAUACUUGGACUCCGGUAGCCUCUAUGUCAAGAGGACGUAGUUUUCAUACAGUUACUUUAUUAUCUGACGGUAAAUUAUUAAUAACAGGUGGAUUUAGUAAGACUCAUAAAUACUGGUCUGAUUGCGAAGUGUAUGAUCCUCGGUCGGAUAAAUGGACUUCAAUUGCUAGUAUGACCACCGCACGUGCUGCACAUACCGCUACAUUAUUGCCAUCAGGAAAAGUUUUUGUAACAGGUGGUACGGCUGGUGACAGUAUGUUUCAAGCAUUGUCUAGUUGUGAGAUGUAUGAUCCUCUAUCGAAUACAUGGGUUCCAGUCGCCGAGAUGUCAGCUCCACGUUUUCAACACGUAGUCACUUUGUUACCAUCUGGUAAGAUAUUAGUCACAGGUGGUUUGGGUAAUCCGCUUAGUGAACUAUACGAUCCUGUAUUCAAUACGUGGAGUCCAACCGCUAACUUUCCGAUUUUUGUUUUGCAACACACUGCAACUUUGUUAUCAUCUGAAAAAGUGUUAGUAGCGGGUGGUUUUGAUGGUUGGGAUUCGUUAUCGAUUUGUGCAAUAUACAACACUCCAUUAAAUACAUGGAUUCCAGCUAUGGAUAUGUUGGUUCCACGUUCUCAGCAUACUGCUACUUUACUAUCACCUGGAAAUGUUCUGGUAACAGGUGGAUAUUCGAUGAUAAGCUGCACAGCAAGAUGUGAAAUAUAUAACACUUUAUCCAACAUGUGGACUGAAGUUGCGGAUAUGUCAAAAUCGCGCUGUCAACACACUGCUACUUUACUACCAUCUGGACACGUCUUAGUAAUAGGUGGCUUUAAUCGAGAUUUGAAUGACGAGUAUUUUUCGAAUUGUGAAAUGUACAAUGCUUUGUCCAACACAUGGACUUCACUCGCCAAUAUGGCAUCGUCACGUUCUCAACAUACUGCUAUCCUUUUAUACUCUGGCAAAAUAUUAGUGACUGGCGGUUUUGACGGAAAUGAUUACUUAUCUAGUUGUGAAAUGUAUGACCCUAAAUCCGAUGUGUGGACUUCGUUUGCCGAUAUGACAAAAGCACGUUCGCAACAUACUACCACUUUAUUAUCUUCCGGUGAAAUCUUAGUCACAGGUGGUUUCAAUAAUGGAUAUUACAUGGAAGAUUGUGAACUUUACAGUCCUUCAUCGAAUAUGUGGAUACCAGUGAUGAACAUGUCGUUCCCACGCUAUCGUCAUACUGCUACCCUAUUAUCAUCUGGGCACGUGUUAGUCACCGGUGGUGAUAAUCAUGAUAACUUCUCAACUUGUGAAAUAUACGAUCCUCUAUCCAAAAGAUGGACUCUAGUCUCCAACAUGUCAUUAUCACGUAUUCAACAUAGAGCCGUUUUGCUAUCAUCUGGGAAAGUAUUAACGACCGGUGGGAAUACUCUUCCAAUUGGCGAACUCUAUGAUCCUUUAUCAAAUACGUGGACUUCUGUGGAUAAAACAAAUUCAGAACGUUUUCAACAAACAGCUACAAUAUUGUUAUCUGGGGAUGUCUUGAUAGCAGGUGGUUCAAAUGUUUGGAAUCGUUUGUCGAGUUGUGAAGUAUACAAUUCUUCAUUAAAUUUGUGGACUCGAGUUGCUAAUAUGGCAUCAUCACGAUUUCAACAUACUGCAACGUUACUAUCAUCUGGGAAGGUGUUAGUAGUAGGUGGUGCUGAUACUUUCAAUUUGAGCUCAAGCCCUUGUGAAAUCUUUGAUCCCCAAUCGAAUACGUGGACGCCACUCUUUGGUCUAAGUAAUGAAUUUACCGGACAUACUGCUACUUUACUACCUUCUGGAAAAGUAUUAGUUACAGGUGGAAUUGAUCCCUUCGAACACUUUCGUACUUGUCAGUUGUUCGAUCCUCAACAUAUGAAAUGGACUAAGGCAGCUGAUAUGCUAUCAAACCGUUUUCAACAUACCGCAACUUUAUUACCAAAUGAGCAAGUGCUAAUAGUAGGUGGAUAUGCAGAGAGAGCAUUGUCGAGUUGUGAAAUGUACAAAAUCUCUUCGAAUACGUCGACUAAAGUUGCUGAUAUGUCAACUGCACGUUUUCAACAUACAGCCACUUUACUAUCAUCUAAACAAAUGCUAAUCAUAGGUGGUGCUGACGGAAACAAAUCCUUGUUGAAUAAUGAAAUGUACAAUGUUUCUUCUGGCACGUGGAGCUCAGCAGCCAAAAUGUUAUUUGCUCGUGCUGGACACACUGCUACUUUACUAUUGACGGGCAAAGUUUUAGUAACAGGCGGUAUAAAUAAUGGUGAUUACUUGUCUGGUUGUGAAUUGUACGAUCCUUCAUCCGAUAAGUGGAGUGUGGUUGCCAGCAUGUCAUCGCCUCGUGUUUAUCACACGGCUGCAUUAUUAUCAUCGGGGAAAGUAUUGGUGGCUGGUGGUUCUAGUCUACCACUAGGUGAAGUGUAUGAUCCUUCAUCCAAUACGUGGAGUCCAGUCGUCAAUCCGUCGAUAGCACAUGUGGCACAGGCCGAUACUUUAUUGUCUUCUGUAUAA